AUGUCUGCCAAGGCCCAAAACCCUAUGCGUGAGUUGAAGAUCGAGAAGUUGGUUCUCAACAUCUCGGUCGGUGAAUCUGGUGACAGAUUGACCAGAGGUUCCAAGGUUUUGGAACAAUUGUCCGGUCAAACCCCAGUUCACUCCAAGGCCAGAUACACCGUUAGAACUUUCGGUAUCAGAAGAAACGAAAAGAUCUCUGUGCACGUCACCGUCAGAGGUCCAAAGGCAGAAGAAAUCUUGGAAAGAGGUUUGAAGGUCAAGGAAUACCAAUUGAGAGAAAGAAACUUCUCUGAAACUGGUAACUUCGGUUUCGGUAUCCAAGAACACAUCGAUUUGGGUAUCAAGUACGAUCCAUCUAUUGGUAUCUUUGGUAUGGAUUUCUACGUUGUUGUUGGUAGACCAGGUAACAGAAUCGCCAGAAGAAAGAGAUGCAGAGCUCAAGUCGGUAACUCUCACAAGACUUCUAAGGAAGACACUAUCAACUGGUUCAAGCAAAAGUACGAUGCUGAAGUUGUGAACAAAUAA